AUGUUUAAACUGCUAGUACGAUGUUAUUCAACGGCAUUACCAAAUAAACAGACUGUACUACCUAGAUUUACAUUCCCAGUUGCAAAUACUUCAAUAUCGUUAAUUAACAAAAACUUGUCAAAGUACCUAAAUAAUAAACAUGAAAAGAUUACAUUGAAUGGUCAUAUAAAUCGAAAACCAAGAAUAAGGUCAACUUUAGGUUUUGUACAUUUAAGAGAUGAAAAUGGUGAUGAAAUACAAUUAUUUGCAACUCCAAACACAACAAGUGAUGCAAUAUUUAAAUUAUUGAAAGAAGUUUCAGUUGAAGAUUCAAUUAGUGUUUCUGGUUAUAUACAAUCUAAAGAAUCAAAAGCAAAUAAACAAGAAGUAGAAUUAGUUAUAGAAGAUUUUCACAUUUUAAAUCCAUCAAAUUUAGAAGCUGCUAGAUUAGAGAAAUUAAAACAAUCGUCUCCUAAAGAUAUACCUCCACAAUUUAGGUAUUUACAAUUACGUACACCAUUUUUCCAAAAUGCAUUAAGAACAAGAAGUAAAAUUUCAAAAUUAAUAAGAGAUAUUUUAAUUGAAAAUCAUAAUUUUGUUGAAAUUGAAACUCCUUUAUUAUUUAAAUCUACUCCUGAAGGUGCAAGAGAAUUUUUAGUACCUACUAGAUCAUCAAAAUUUUAUGCAUUACCACAAUCACCACAACAAUAUAAACAAAUUUUAAUGAGUUCCGGUUUUACAAAAUAUUUUCAACUUGCUAAAUGUUUUAGAGAUGAAGAUUUAAGAUCUGAUAGACAACCCGAAUUUACUCAAAUUGAUUUGGAAAUGAGUUUUAUAAAUAAUUCUGAUCAAAUUGGUUUAGUGGUGGAAGAUUUAAUACAUAAUAUAUGGAAUAAAAUUGGAAAUAAAUCAACUUAUAAAGUUAAUUCCAUUGGAAAUUUGGAGAGAAUUACAAAUUUUGAUGGUUUACAAUUUGAAAAAUUAGAUUAUAUUGAUGCAUUAACAAAAUAUGGUAUUGAUAAACCAGAUUUAAGAUAUAAUUUAGAGUUUGAAAAUUUACAAGAUUAUUUUGUUAAUGAAAAUAAUGAAUUUCCAAUUGUUGAAGCAUGUAUAUUGAGAAAUGCUGGCCAUAUACCAAAAAGUUUCACUGAUGGUCUCAAUUUCAAGAGAAAACCUUUUGUUUGGAUGAUAAAAAAUGAAGAGGAUAAGCUUAUUCAAAAUAAGGUCAAAGGAAUUUAUGUUAAAAAUGCAAAUUAUAAUCUCGAUUUAAAUAUUGGUGACGUUAUUGCAAUUUCUACGAGAUCCGAAUUUCCAUAUGAAAAUCCUACACCAUUGGGUAAAUUUAGACAAUUAACUAUACAAGAAUUUCCUGAUAAAUAUAAAAGACCAAUUGAAGAAAAUGGAAAAUUAAUCACCAAUUACAAUCAUGAUGUUAUUGUUGGUUCAUGGGUUGUAAAUUUUCCUUUAUUCAAUCCAGUUGAAUUAGAAUCAGAUAUAUAUCCAAAAUAUGAUUAUACAAAAUUUCAAUCCACUCAUCAUCCAUUUACAAUGUGUAAAAUUGAAGAUUAUGAUCUUUUAGAAACUGAUCCACUAAAAGUCAGAGGUGAACAUUAUGAUUUAGUCAUAAAUGGUGUUGAAAUUGGUGGUGGUUCAAGAAGAAUUCAUGAUUCAGAAUUGCAAAACUAUAUUUUCAGAAACAUUUUAAAAAUUAAUAAUAUUGAUGAAUUAUUUGGUCAUUUAUUGAAAGCUUUAAGUAUGGGUUGUCCACCACAUGCUGGUUUAGCAAUUGGUUUCGAUAGAUUAUGUGCUAUGAUUAUAGGUUCUUCGAGUAUCAAAGAUGUUAUUGCAUUUCCUAAAAAUCAAUCUGGUGUUGAUCCAGUAGUUGAUUCUCCAACUCAAGUAAAUAGAGAGGUACUUUCAGAGUAUCAUAUAACUGUAAAUAAAUAA